AUGCCGACGGACGAACUACGUCAAUACGUUGCUAAUUUAUAUCAAGUCAAAAUGGAUCAUGUUUUCGAGUUGAAUAUUUUAGAAAUAUGUUGUCCUCUGGAUUGGAGCGAUCAGCUAGAAGAGUGUAAAUUGGAAGACGUUGAAAAGUAUGCCAAACAUUUAUAUAAUAAGUCAGGACUGGAUAAGGUCUUAGAUAAAAUCCUUAAAACGGUAUUGGGUGAAGUUAUAUCACGAUGUUUUAAAUCAGCAAUUACAACUUGCCAAAGAUUAAAUACAAGUCUUACAAACGACGUUGAUAUUCGUCUUAAUGGUUUGAAACAAGUGACCGAAAAAUUGCGUAAAGAAAUUGAGGAUUUAGAUCAAGAUUUGGAAGCCUUAGAUCAUAUUAAAACCAUUCAAUUAGAAGCUCUGAAGAAAAUAAGCAAUACGCUUGAAAAUAAUCUUAAAUCAGCAUUUGAAAAUACAUUAAAUAUAUGCAAUGCACAAGUAACGGAAAUAUUUAGCAAAAAUAAUAAAAAAUGGCAUGAUCAAGACGAAGAACAACAACGUAACAAGCAAAUAGAAAACACCGAAGUAAUUCAAACGCAUAUUGGCGUAGCAGCGGGUGCUACUUUUGGAUUCACUAUUGUGCGAAACUUGAUUAAAUAUUUCCGUCGAGAUGAAAACGAAAUCGAAUUUUCCAGCGAAGUAGACGCUACAGCUUUCAGGAAUAACAUCACUAAAUUAGUCAAUGAUCUAUCAAAACAAGCUUAUUCAACAGUUGAAAAAGAAGUUAAUCGCAUUUGUUGGGAAGCAUGUCGUAGUUUUGAAUCACAAAUAAGUGAACAAAUGAGAAAUAUUCUUCAAUGUGCAAGGGACCGAUUACAAAGCACGUUUAAUCUUCAACAAAUAGUUCCAAUCAAAAUUGACUUGAAAUUAAAUGAAAUUCAUUUAAAUGACAAUGAUGUUGAACGUAUGGAGCCGUAUUAUCCGACAAUUUUUCAUCGACUUAUUCCUAUAACAUUAACAGAAAGAAAGUCUACUUGGAUUGUAUCGCGUUCCACAAUACAAGAAAAAUGUAUAGAAGGUCUUCAAGCCAAUUUGAAACAAAUUCAAACAGAUAUUGUAGAAAAUGCCAACAGAGAAAUGAAAAAAAGUUUUCAAACAUUAUUCAAUGACUUACAAUCAUAUCUAUUAAAAUAUCAAAAGUACGCUGAGUUAUGUCUAAAUGAUAAAAAAUUAACAGAAGAAAAUCAAAAAGAGUUUAUAUCAGCUUUGGAAGCAUUGAAAGGGCGUUUACUUAAAGAAGAAAUUGAAGUGAACAAUUUUAAUCAAUCAAUCGAUUGGGCAAAACUCAAUUGA